CGCAAGUUAAACCCUCGAUCCCUACAAUUCGACUGGUCAAAUUGUUGGAAAGAGUCUAUCUUUUGAGCACGAUAUAGCAGCGUAGCCAGUCAUCCAAGUCAUCCCAGGAAGCCAACACACCGAUUCUAAUCUGAUCUUACCUAAUUUGCCAUGGAGUCUCUCCUUCCCAUGCCAAUAGGCGAACCCACCGGAAAGUCAAAAUAUUUAGAUUUCCAGCCAAUCCUGAAAUCGGUACAAACAACAUGGGGAAAGUACAAAACUUUGAUCUCCGUUUCUACUUUGGUAUUCUUCAUAGGAUCAUCCUGGCUAUUCAUUCCUUGGUCAAAAUUUGAAUUUCAAAGUAAACCAAUUCAUAGAGCACGGAUAGGUGUUGCCCACAUGUCUGAUACUCGAGGAAUACCGGUAGAAGAGCUCCCACUGUGUAACAAAACAAUGCUUUAUACAUUGAGAGACAUUGCUGGAUUGGGGUCUGAACUUUCUUACUACGGUGAAGCGGCUGCUGUGGCAUCUUUGCUCAACUACACGAUGAUUUUGGACGAUUCAAAGUGGAACUACGGCAAACUAAGUGAUUAUUUUGAUGUACCUCCACUUGAUUGCCGACCCCCUCAAAACUGGAGGGAAAUGCCACGUACCCUUUUUGACAACGUUGGAUUGAACGAGUCUGAUCACGUCUGGGCAAGCCGCGACAAUGACGGUUACAGUCGCUAUCUGCUGCAACAUGUCGACUCUCGCGCCGUAGAAACUCACGCUGUCUGGAACUUGUUUAAUCAUCGAGAACAGAGGAGCAUCUUACCCGCUGUGCAAAAUCUACAUCACUCAGUGAAGCCCAUCUUUGAUGCUAAAUCAGACGCUUACCGACACAUAUGGAAACCAAACCAAAUGAUUCUGGACGAAGUGAUGAAAUUGAAGGUUGAGCUGAAUGAUAAGCUACUUGCGCCUCAAAACAAGACGUCCCAUGGCACUUCAUCAGCUGGAUUUGAUCUAGAUUCACCAAUGGCCAGAAAGGUGAUCUCUGUACAAUUCAGAAUGGGAGACAAGAUAGACGAGAAUGAUUAUACGAAACCCGCCGCCGCCAUCGGAAUGAAACCAGCUCAAGGAAAUCCUCAUCCAUUCUUUGAGGUAGUGAAAUCCUAUGUACCCGAUUGGAAGACAUCCAAAGAGCUCCCAGUCCUAUUCGUUCUGUCUGACGAUCCUGAAGCCGCCUUGAAGAUGUUCGACGAAUAUCAAUCAUUCUAUCCCCCUUCACAACGCUUUCCACUCAUAGUCUCACCCAAAGCCGCCUCUAUCACUGAGCACGGUCAUCUACAGUCAUCAUUCAACUCUGCCCCUUUGGACGUCAGAAAGAAGCUUGCCACAGCAUUGAUCCGUGAUCUCACAUUCGCUGUCGACAAUUCCGACUCAAUUGUCUGUAGUUCAGCAAGCAAUCUUUGUAACAUAAUGCUUCACCUACGUGGUUCUGAAGACCUUAUUGGGCCCACAGGCUCAUGUAGAAGUGUAGAUGUACGAUGGUUUCCUAAUGCGAUGAUUCAUUCAUUGAACGCUCUGAGUCUCGAUGCAAUCAAGGAUCGGGACCAAAUCCUCGCUAUGGUUCCACGCUUAGCCACUGAUGCCAGGAACUAUGUGGACCUCUAGAUUACAAUCAUGUCGGAAAAUACCUCAAGCAUCAGAAUUCUGACGGGAGUCCUAAUGGCAGAGUUAUAUCAACAAACUUGUUUAUAUUGAACGACGGAGAAAAUGAUACCCUGAAGAGCUUGUUUCUGGGAAAACAAGACGUUGUGAUGAGGUAAUUCAAGAGCUUGAUGCUCAAUGGGAUCAGUUAUUGGUAGACUAAUUUUAUUUCCGAAUUCUUUGUAGUGUACAACACUCUUAAAAUAUAUAACUUAUCCUCAGCGCCAGCGUUGCUUCUUGUAACAAAUAAUUUACCUACAUAAUAACAUGCAUGAAUGCAGAAAGACAUUCGUGAUGAUCUGGUUCAUCUUC